AUGCCCUCCCUGGCCGUCGACCCCGACCCCACGCAGCCGGGUGCCGUCUUCACCCACAUCCCCGACUUCAACAACUUCCACGGCGUGGCGAUGCCCUCGGCUCCGUCCUUCACGGGGCCAGGGGUCUUCACCUCCAACACGCUGCAGAUGCGGAGCGGGGGCAUCACAGGUGGGGGCGUGACACUUUUCAUCGCCCUGUAUGACUACGAGGCCAGGACGGAGGACGACCUGACCUUCCAGAAAGGGGAGAAAUUCCACAUCAUCAACAACACGGAGGGUGACUGGUGGGAGGCCAGGUCGCUGAGCUCGGGUGCCACGGGCUACAUCCCCAGCAACUACGUGGCCCCUGUGGACUCCAUCCAAGCAGAAGAGUGGUACUUCGGGAAGAUCGGGCGCAAGGAUGUACCCCAGGAUGCCCCAUGA